AUGGCACAACCCGCGGUUGAGACAGAUGAGGUUCGGGACGAGCUUGCCCAGCAACUCGAGCAGACCCCGUAUGCAUGCUCCUCCUUCAGCCGACUCUCGGGUGGCACGGCGAAUUUUGUCUAUCGAGGGAUUCCUCGCUCGGGAAAUCCUAAAUCAAUCGUCAUCAAACAUGCCAAAAACUACCUAGCCUCGAACGCGGACUUCAAGCUCGACGCUGCACGAUGUCAUUUUGAAGGUGCCAUCCUCGAAGCUCUCCACGCGUUUCCCCCGUAUAGCUCGCCAGCGGCCAUCACCGUCAAAUCCCCGCAGCUUUUCCACUUUGAUCGGGAGACGAAUACCCAGAUCGUAGAGGAUUGUCCCGAUUCGAUUGACUUGAAGCAUUUUCUUCUCUCGGACGUAGCAACGGACCUGUCGGACCCCUCCGCUCGAGCCCUCGGCCACAGUCUCGGGCGCUGGCUUCGGUCGUUCCACGACUGGGCCGCCGCGCCUGAGCAGGCGGGCGUCCGCGCGACACUUGCUCAGAAUGAAGCCUUGAAGAAUUUGAAGUUCUAUAUUAACUAUCCCAUGUUGCUGGAGACCAUUGACAAUUUCCCGGACGUCCUCGGACAGAGUCGCACUGUGUUUGAGCAGGUUCGUGAUUCCGCGGCGGCGGAACUGAAACGGCUCGAUCAAGACGACGAGUAUGGAGCCAUUCAUGGCGACUUCUGGACGGGAAAUAUUCUCUUACCGAACAUCCCCCUCACUGGCCAGUCAGAAACCACCGUCUUCGUGGUCGACUGGGAAAUGUGUCAGAUCGGGAGCCGGGCGCUGGAUCUGGGCCAGAUGAUCGCCGAACUAUACGAGACCAAGCUCUUCCGGGGCGUGGACGCGGGCAUCUCUGUGAUUAACGGACUAUUGGAGGGAUACGGUCCUCUAAGCAGGACGAUGGCAUUCCGAACUGCGGUUCAUGUGGGCGCCCACCUGGUCUGCUGGGGCAGCCGUGUUCCUGGAUGGGGAAGCCCGUCGCAGAUCGAGGAAGUGGUGACGGUGGGAAGAGACCUACUCGUGCACGCCUGGACGGAGGAUCAGGCGUGGUUGGAGGGAAGCGCCCUUGCCUGUCUAUUCCACCAGCAAUGA